AUGUACUGGACCAACCCCACAAAGUUCAUGCAAUGGUCACUACGAAAACCUAACCUGGUGGCCAUUUCGCUAAAUGCUCGUGUAAUUGAAGUGGAGAUCUGCCAUACGGUAAAGAUGAAGUAAGUUACCUUUCUGCCAAGUCCGACUCAAUGUGCCAUUCCCGUAACGAUACGAAACUCCACAUGGUUCAUAGAUCGUCGCUCGGAGACAAUAAGUCGAACUCCGUUCAUCGAAGAAAGCUGUGGCCAGGAGACAUACUUGAUGGUGAAUUCGACACUACGUGUAUGAUAGAAUCUCGGGACGGGUGCGACCAACAAAAACGAAUCCGAUCAAUAACGUUUCUUUGGACACUGCCGUACCCAACUGGCAAUUCUUAAACCGCGAAGUACAGUUCAAAGAAAUUAUGAUACACAAAUCGCACGAGUUAGAAGAACAACUGAUCGAUGCAAUGGAGAAGGCCAACCAGGACAUUACAGAAGUGUUGAUCUAUGACAAUCAAGCAUUGGAGCACCACUCGUUCAAGGAAGAACUCCUGUCCUACUCCUAUCAUUGGAUUUAG